AGGAAAUCGAUAAUGAAUGCUAGAGUACUGAUUGGUAUGCUGGUGGUACAAGUGAUUGCAACAGGACUGCAACUUCUUUCUAGGGUUAUACUGACUCAAGGAACCUUUCUUUUCGCUCUACUGGCGUAUCGAAAUGUAGUUGGUGCUAUUUGUGUCCUUCCUUUUGCUCUCUACUGGGAAAGAGAUGGAUUAAAGAAGGUAACCUGGAUAGUCUUUUUCUGGCUGUUCAUGGUAGCCUUAACCGGGAUAACAAUGGCUAUGGGAUUAUUCUAUUUGGGACUAACGGACACCACAGCUACAUAUGCCACCAAUUUCUUGAAUCUAAUCCCAGUUGUCACCUUUAUCUUCUCAUCAAUCCUAAGAUAUUUAAAAAAUAUUCAAUUGCAGGGGACACUGGCCACUGCUGCAACAUUUUGUUUGAUUUCAUGGGCAAUUGCUGAACGUGGACCGACUUAUCCAUCCAUGUUCAAUCCAUUGUCACUUAUUUUAGUGGCUAUACUUGAAGCUAUCUUCCUCGGCGAACCAAUAACGGUUGGAAGCUUGCUUGGCAUGUGUCUUAUCAUAGUAGGCUUGUACUCAUUCCUAUGGGGAAAAAGCAAGGAGCCCAAAGCCAAGUCUGCGGGUAUGGCUAAAGAAGGCGGCCCCGCCGUGCCAGAAGCCGUAGGCUUGGAAUCGGUCACCGUAGUUAUGCCUGCCAAUACCAAAAUCAGCAAUGUUGAAGAUGAUAACCAAAUAGAACUUGCACGCUAAUAGAUAUACCCAUCUUACUUUUACUGCUAUUAUGCCACCUAUGCACGACAGAGUGAAUUGAAUGCUACUGGAAAUUCAUAAUGUUAUAUUUGAUCUUACUUUUAUGAUAUUGACCACUUAUUAUUAAUCCAAAACUUUUUAUGAGA